AUGCUCCACGGAAUCCCCGACGUUAUAUUAUACUUUGACGAUAUAUGCAUUGCCAGUGAGACUCCAGGAGAACAUUACUCAACCCUCAAGGCUGUUUUCGAGCGACUGCAGGAGUACAACUUCCGCGUGAAACUUGAGAAGUAUAAAGAUGGCCUCCGCCCUGAUCCCGCCAAAACGGAUGCCAUCCGGCGCAUGCCCGCCUCAAGGAAUGUACAAGAACUGCGAAGCUACUUGGGUGCUCUGCAAUUUUGGGGCAAAUUUGUCCCGUCUAUGAGCGAUCUUAGGACACCACUCGAUAACCCUCUCAAGAAGAAUGCUCGAUCAUUCCAGAAAUUCAAGAAAAUUCUGGGCUCCGAGUUACUGCUCAUGCACUUCACCCCCAAAUAUCCAAUUCACGUCGCUUCCGAUGCUUCCUCUUAUGCCAUUGGUUACGUGCUCUCCCGGCUGAUUUCCAAUCAGCCACCUCAGGAUGAUGAGAUCAUUAUUGCCCAAAUCUCGAUGGAAGAGCAAGAAGAUGAUCUGGUGAUUCAAGAUGCUCUCCAGCAUCUUCCUGUGGAUCUCAAAAUGGUCAAGAAGGCUAUGGAAUUGUUCACCACGCUCCAGGAUGUGAGCAAGUUCAUCACAGGAGCCAAAUCCCCUGUCAAGACACAUCUCGCGUCCUGGCCAUUAUCGACGCGACCCUGGCAGCGCGUACACAUCGAUUACGCGAAGUACAAGAAUGCCCACUAUCUCCUGGUCAUAGAUGCUUUCUCAAAAUGGCCAGAGAUAUUCAAAGUGACGACUACAACUACAUCCCAGACGAUCUCGAAACUCACAGAGAUUUUUGCUCGUCACGGCCUUGCAGAAACUCUUGUCAGCGACAACGGAACUCAAUUCGUGAACGAGGAGUUUGCGAAAUUCUGCAAGAGGCAUGGCAUUCAACAUUUGAGGACAGCACCAUACUCUCCCGCCAGCAACGGUCAGUGUGAACGCCUGGUGGACACCCUGAAACGAUCUUUGGAGAAACAAAAGUCAGCUCCAGUGGAUGAGGCUUUACAGCGAUUCCUGGCGAGUUAUCGAUUCACUACCAAUGAAAAUUGUACGGAUAGCAAGUCACCUGCAGAAAUUAUCUACUCUAGAAGGGCAAGGGCAAUUGUUGAUCUUCUUAAAGAUCAACCUGAGGAACCGAUGGGACGCAAUGAGAGUAUGGCAACUGCCUACAAUCGACGUCAUGGCACGACAAUUUAA